CAAUUUACCAUGUAUUAGAUUUUUGUUUGAAUGUAUUUUCCUGUUAAUUUCUCUGAUAUGAAAGGAUGUUUUAUUCAUUUUGAAUCUUGCAGAAAUAAAAUGUCAAGCCUAGAGAAAGAGCGCCAGGAUUUUCUGUCAACUAUUGAAGCUCUUCAAGAAGAGAAGAAGGUACUCCAUUCGAAGCUUAAAGAUGCUUUCUGCAGUGGAAAGUCUGUCGAAGUUAUCAAGAAUACUACCAGUAAGAAGGAUAUGUCAACUUCAACAGAAGAUCUAGGUACGGACACUACUUCUGAUGACAAGGAACUAAAUAUCAGUACUGAUGCCUCUACUGCGAGCUUGCUGCCUGAAAAUGGAGGAUUAAAAGUUUCUUCUGUUUAUAUUCCUCCUGAUCAAUUGAGAAUGAUUCUGAACAUUAAUUCUCUAAUUUCUGAGUUAACAAUGGAGAAAGAAGAACUGACUCAUGCUUUGUCAUCCGAGUCAUCUCAAAGUGCAAAGCUGAAGGAGUUGAACGAGGAGUUGUCUCGGAAACUUGAACUGCAAACUCAAAGAUUGGAGCUUCUGACAGCUCAAAGUCUGGCAAGUGAGAGUAUCCUGACUAAACAACCUGUGUCUCGAAUAAUUCACGAGAUUACUACUCCAUAUGCAGAUGAGGGUGAUGAGGUGGUGGAGAGGGUAUUAGGAUGGAUCAUGAAGCUCUUUCCCGGAGGGCCAUCAAGACGGAGACCCAACAAGCGGCUUUCGUACUAAAUCCACGUAAUCUUGGCAAAGACAGGUCUAAACUUGCAUAUACUUUUGUUCUGGUUUGCCUUCCCUUGUUUUGGUGGUUGUGAGGGAGGUUGCGAAUUCAUAUAGCUUGAGUCAAUUAUACACAACUCAUUCUUUUUGAUAGAAGCAAAAAUUAGUUAAUGUUGAUCGCGCUACCAUUGAUCAGCAAAAUCCAAAUGUCAGUUUGUUAAAGAGGGGUAUAAGGAAGGCCCUCGCCAUUGUCGGUUUUCAUUUUCGGGAUCAAACAUUGAUGGGGGCAAUCACUCGAUGCUGAGAGGAACUAAGCGACAUAUGGUAUAGGAAAGAUCCCUAAGUUUGUAGCGUGCAUUUGUUGGAUCUAUGAUGAACAAAUUUGGGUCCUUAAAAAACAGUUGAUUCUGUUGCCUUCACUGUGACUUUGCUUUGAUGCAUCUUUAGUCCAUAAG